GCCAGUCUGUAAGCGGUACCUACGAUCCAAGGUCCGCUAGUCCCACUCUAAGCCCGGCAUUUUUUUUCAUACAAAAUAUAUACUCUGUACACUGAUGUACACAAUAUAAACACGAUCUUAUAGAAACUAAUGUGAUCAAGAGGAUCUUCGUCUACAUAAGAGACCAAAAGAAAAUUGUGCUCGUGACCGGACAUACUUCGAAAUUUCGACUAUAUUACUGGCCAUUAUUCACGUGAAUUCGUUUUUAAUUUUCACUUUGAGUUAAUACUCUGCUGAUUGACUUAAUUCAAUUAUUUGAAUUCUCCUGAUUGAUCUUCAAUGACCAUUUGAUUAUUUUGUGAUCAAAGACGGUUCGGCACGCGAGCGACGUCAAUACAAGAUUACCGAGGAUGAAAUCCUCGAUUUUGCUGCUUGUAGCAGUGAUCACUUUCACAGAGGGUGCAUUAAGUCGCGUCAAGCGUCAAGACGACGCCAAAAAAGAUGACAGCUUUGAGAAUGAAAUAUGCAAGGAUAAAGACGCCGGUGAAUGGUUUCGUCUUGUAGCUGGUGAAGGUGAUAAUUGUCGUGAUGUUAUACAGUGCACGAGUUCGGGUUUACAAGCGAUAAGAUGUCCUGCCGGUUUGUAUUUUGACAUCGAAAAGCAAACGUGUGACUGGAAGGGUGCAGUAAAUAACUGCAAGCUCAAGAAUAAAGAAAGGAAGAUUACGCCGCUAAUUUACACCGAAGAGCCACUCUGUCAGGAUGGAUCACUGGCAUGUGGUGACGGCAGUUGUAUCGAGCGGGGUCUUUUCUGCAACGGGGAAAAAGAUUGUAGUGACGGAUCCGAUGAAAAUGUUUGUGACAUGGAUAAUGAUCCCAAUAGGGCACCACCCUGCGAUCCAACCGUUUGCACUCUACCGGAUUGCUUUUGUUCGGAGGAUGGUACCGCAAUACCUGGUGACCUUCGGUCUCAGGAAGUUCCACAGAUGAUAACGAUUACUUUCGAUGAUGCGAUAAACAACAACAACAUUGGUCUUUACAAAGAAAUUUUCAACGGGCAGCGCAAAAAUCCCAAUGGAUGUGACAUCAAGGCAACCUUUUUCGUGUCCCAUAAGUAUACGAAUUACUCGGCCGUCCAAGAAAUGCAUAGAAAAGGCCACGAAAUCGCAGUCCAUUCAAUCUCGCACAACGACGACGAACGCUUCUGGUCGGACGCUACGGUCGAUGAUUGGGCAAAAGAGAUGGCUGGAAUGAGAAUCGUUGCUGAAAAAUACGCAAACCUUACGGACAAUAGUGUUGUUGGUGUUAGAGCUCCAUACCUCCGAGUUGGAGGUAACAAUCAAUUUACGAUGAUGGAGGAACAAGCUUUCCUUUACGACUCCACAAUUACAGCCGCCCUCAACAACCCUCCCCUAUGGCCUUACACCAUGUAUUUCAGGAUGCCACAUCGCUGUCAUGGAAACCUUCAACGUUGCCCAACAAGAUCCCAUGCAGUUUGGGAAAUGGUAAUGAAUGAGUUGGAUCGUCGAGAAGAUCUUCAGAACGAUGAAUACCUGCCUGGUUGCGCCAUGGUCGACUCCUGCAGCAAUAUCCUCACUGGUGAUCAGUUUUACAAUUUUCUAGAUCACAAUUUUGACCGUCAUUAUGAUCAGAAUCGCGCUCCCCUUGGGCUUUAUUUCCACGCCGCUUGGCUAAAGAACAAUCCAGAGUUUUUGGGGGCUUUUCUUGAUUGGAUUGACGAAAUUCUCUCGAAGCACAACGACGUUUAUUUCGUCACAAUGACACAAGUUAUACAAUGGAUUCAGAAUCCACGAACGGUUACUGAAUCUAAAAAUUUUGAGCCCUGGAGAGAGAAGUGCGUUGUUGAAGGUAAUCCAGCCUGUUGGGUACCACAUACAUGUAAAUUGACUUCAAAAGAGGUUCCCGGGGAGACUAUCAACCUUCAAACGUGUGUACGUUGUCCGAACAAUUACCCUUGGCUUAAUGACCCCACGGGUGAUGGUUUCUUUUAGAAAUAUGUAGACGGAAAGAAGAAAUAAAAAAAUUUGAUUUUUACGAACGAAAAAACCCGAGACACUCAUAAAACAAUGAACAAAAACUGCCUUCCUUACAAACCACAUUCGUACGGAGCCAAAAGAAAGACAUGAGGAAAUUAAAAAAAUCGCUGAAUAGCGAUGAUAUAACUAAACCCAGUGGAAUCAAAAUUCAUAACGAGAAUGUGAAACACAACGAUAUUAUGAAUAAAUAAAUAUAUAUUUGAUAUAUACACUUGCUAGAAUGUCAUUCAUAUAUGUGUGUAUGCGCGCGCGCGCGCGCGCGUGUGUGUGUGUGUGCGUGCGUUUGCGUGUGCGUGCGUGUGUGUGUGUGUAUGUAUGCUCGCGCGUGCGUGCGUGUGUGAGCUGUUUUUGUGUAACGUGUAUGGUCAGAAUUUAGCAACUACGCGAGUGUGACUCGACGUGUAAAAUCAAUCUAUUAUUUUGUGUAAUCAAACUAUUAUUUUAAAAAACAAAAGCGAUUUUGUUUUAAUUUUAAUUCUCUUUUGGAAAAUAUUUUUCAAGAGAUAAUUGUAUCUUCCAUCUCUUGCCCCCUUCUUAUCUGUCUAAAAUUAAGGAGAAAUCAAAUGAAAUCGUAGCAAAUAUUGAUGUCGGAAUAUAUAAUAUCAUGUCUUCUUGACCAUUUUCCAUACAUUUUUUGCUCAAUAAUGUCGUCAGAACUGGCCGAAUUCGGGCUGAUCAUAUACGUGGCCGAGUGCGCGGGCGCGCCAGUAUGCAUGUACGGGCGUGCGACAGUAUGUAUUGGCGUGUGCAUGUGUAGUAUGUGUGUGCAGUAAGUAAAUAAAAGGGGAAUACGAUGAACAUAA